AUGAAGCUGCAUUCUCUGAAGCUGGGUACUUGGAAGCCGGGUACUUGGACACUGGGCUCUGUCGCCUAUGUUUCGACUUUUGUCAUCCUCUACGUUGUAAUUGGAGGUCUACUCUUCGUUACUCCUCUCGAUACCGUCGUCCAAGCCCAAGCAAAUCAUCAAUUAUACAAUACCUUUGUAAUCCUUAUAUGCUACGGUGUCACUCUAGUUUCGGCCUUCGUGCUCUUCGCGACGCGGAUCUACACAAACAAGGAAAUCAUAAAAGCGAUACCGAAAACAUGGAUACCUAUCGAAGAAGGCGAUGUCGAGAAAAAAGUUCGAAAAAUGAUUGUGGCGAGCCUGGCGAGAAGUGCGACACUAGCAUGGGAUUCACGACCACGAAUAGAUCAACAUGCGACUACACUAGUAUCGACGCAAGACACACUAGGUGAAGCGACAAUCGCUGCUGAGAACAGUCGCUCUGAGAGGGAAAUGGACGAGAAAGGGUCUCAUGGAUCUACAACUGGUAUAUCUACAAAAGAACCCGUCUGGGGCCAAAUUUCCCACGAUGGAUGGUCUUCUCCAACCGCCGCGGUUCUGCCAAAUUUACAGUAUAUCACUGUGAUUCUCGAGUUACCUCACUUGAUCGAAGCAAAGGCCGUAUCUUUAGCACCCCCUGACCCACAAUCGACGUCUCGACCGCUCAUGCCUGAUCUCAGAGCAGUGGAUGUACUUCAACGACCUGCGGCGAUGUGUUUGCGCGACUACAUCGGUCAUCUAUCUGGAUUUGGCGUGGUCAACGAUUCCUCCAUCGCCACAUCUUUUCUGUCAGCGUACGAAUACGCUCGAUUUUCCUCUAAUGCUAUCAGCGAAGUCGAAUUCCGCGAUCUGAUGAAACAUUUCGCAGAACUUCUUCGCUGUAUGGAACCACUCAGUCCUGCGAUAAUGAUGAGUCUAGCCAUCGACGACCAGGAGAGCGACAUUGACGGCGAUGCGUCAUCUAGUCCCACUCCCACCACACCACAAAGUCGUUCCCUCGCAUCAUCCUUGAGGAGUGUUAGUAUACGUAGUGGCAGUGAAGGAACCAUUCGAACAGCACGUUCUCAUAGACAUGGUACGGAUCAUACAAUGCCGAAUCGGUCACAUGUCGGUACAGCUUUUGUUGCUCCCCGAAGCACAAGGCCUAAACUACCUGGAUCGCAAAGACGGACCAGGGGCUUUUAUACUAGCAGCAGCUCAAGUUCCAGUUCGAGUAUGAGAUCUAUAAGCCAAACAAGCGUGAUCAAGCUGAGCAAAGUUCAGACUGGAGAGUCAUUACCUUAUGAGUUAAAUAUACCCCGGGUGCGCUGA